AUGACCGCCGACACUUUCGAGCCUCUGGCCAUUAUUGGCCUUUCUUGCAAGUUCCCGGGAGAUGCAGACACCCCAGAGUCCUUCUGGCGCAUGCUUCAAGAGCGAAGAUGCGCUAUGACGCCGUGGCCUGAGGAUCGAGUAAAGCUUGAGGCUUUCUCACAUCGAGAUUCCAAGGAGUUCAUUGCUGGCGCCCAUUUCAUGCAAGAAGAUCCAGCUCUCUUUGAUGCCUCGUUUUUUGGAGUUGGUGGUGCCGAGGCCGCCGUUAUGGAUCCUCAGCACCGCAUGGUGUUGGAGACAGCGUACCGCGCUUUGGAAAAUGCCGGUAUCCCCAUGGAAAAAGCCAAUGGCACGAAAACCGCCGUGUACACAGGCUCUAUGACAAAUGACUACUCACAUAUGGCACAUCGCGAUCCCGAAAAUAUGCCCAAACACACUUCUAUCGGCACUACGUCCAGUAUGGUAGCAAAUCGUGUCAGCUGGUUCUUCAAUCUGAACGGUCCCUGUGUGAACCUCGACUCCGCAUGCUCCAGCAGUCUGAUGGCGUUUGAUAUGGCUUGUACAUCACUUCGGGUCAAGGAUAGUGACAUGGCUCUCGUCGCAGGUGUUAGUGCGAUUCUAGGAGCCGAAGCCAUCAUGUCAUUGAUGAAUAUGAGCUUUCUAUCACCCGACGGUCGCAGCUAUAGUUUCGACUCUCGAGCCAACGGAUACGGAAGAGGCGAAGGCUGCGGUGUCGUGCUGGUCAAGCGCCUGGCUGAUGCAGUACGCGAUGGCAACAUUAUUCGAGCAGUCAUCCGAUCUACUGGUUCCAAUCAGGAUGGCUAUACCCCAGGCAUCACACAGCCCAGUUCCACAUUACAAUCCCGCUUGAUUCGGGAUACAUAUGCCAAGGCAGGGCUUGACUUUGAGCCAACGCGAUUCUUCGAAGCGCAUGGAACUGGGACGGCGGUAGGCGACCCCAUCGAAGCUGAAGCUAUCGGUCGUGUGUUCCGCAAGGCGCGUUCGCCAGAAGAUCCUCUUUAUAUAGGUGCGGCUAAAUCGAAUAUUGGUCACCUCGAGGGUGGCAGCGGCAUUGCAGCUGUGAUUAAAACAGUACUCGUGCUCGAGAAGGGUAUCAUUCCACCGAAUUCGGUCAAUUUCGAAUCUUUAAACCCGGAGAUCGAUGCCGAAUUUUUGAACGUUAAGAUCCCGACCAAGCCCAUGGCCUGGCCAACGCCUGGUUUGCGACGAGCCUCCGUCUCAUCCUUUGGAUACGGUGGUUCCAAUGCGCAUGUUGUGUUGGAUGACGCAUACCAUUACCUGAAGCAACAUUCUCUGCAUGCUCCCAAUUGUACUGUUCCCCAGGCUCACAUCGCGAAUGGAGUAUCUAACGGGGUGUCAACACCGGUUAACGGGACCAAUGGGCAUGUUGGUCCUAUUGAGGAAACUCUCACAAAUGGUCAUACCACAGAGAUGACCUCGCAGCUCCUGAUCUGGUCUACCGAAGACGAAGGUGUCCUGGGUCGCAUGAUUGACGCUUACAGCCAAUAUGCAUACUCGCUCAAGAUACCGAAAGAUAAAGAGGCAGCGUUCCUCGGUGAACUAGCUCAGACCUUGUCGGAAAAACGUAGCCAGCUUUCAUGGCGCGCAUAUAGCGUGGUUGACUCGCUGUCCGCUCUCAAGACCCUUACAGCUUCUGUAUCCAAGCCAGUGCAUACAACCAGGUCUCUGGCUCUGGGAUAUAUCUUCACAGGACAAGGGGCCCAGUACUAUAGGAUGGGACGGCAGCUGGUUACAUACCCCGUGUUCGAAAACAGCCUUCGUCUUUGCGAUGACGCGCUUCGCUCAUUUGGUUGUCCCUGGUCAGUGUUUGAUCUCCUGACCCAGGCGAGCCCUGAAACUUUUGAGAUGGAUGACCCGACAUACGCACAGUGCUUAACAACAGUAUUGCAAAUAGCGUUGGUCGACCUUCUGUCCUCGUUUGGAAUUGUGCCCUCGACUGUUGUUGGUCACUCUUCUGGCGAGAUUGCUGCCGCAUAUGCCAUCGGUGGACUCUCGCGGGAAUCAGCGUGCCAGGUAUCUUAUUUCCGGGGACUGCAUGCCGGUACCUUGCGAAGUGGCAAUGCAUCAAUGCUCGCAGUGGAUCUGUCACGAACUGAUGCCCAACCAUACCUUGAGAAACUGCAUGCCAGCACGCCUGGCAAUAUCACUGUUGCCUGCAUCAACAGUCCUAGCAACGUGACAAUUUCUGGCGAAAAUCACCUGGUGGAUGCGCUUCAGGCUGAUCUUGAAAGCAAUGGAAUUCGGUCUCGCCGUUUACGUACGGGCGUCGCAUACCACAGUUCCCAAAUGAAGGCCAUUUCAUCCCUCUACAGGGAUUCUUUGCAAGGACUGACGGCCGGAUCGCCCAACAAAACACUCAUGAUCUCUUCUGUGACGGGCUCACCCAUCAGUGACCGCAAGAUACUGUCCACCGCAGACUACUGGGUCUGUAACAUGGUUGAGCCCGUGGAAUUCUGCGGUGCCAUGACAGAGAGCCUGUUACACACUGGAUCGAAGAACCGCAAGAUUGGUGCGCCGGUCAAACACGCUAUCACGGACUGGUUCGAGAUCGGCCCUCAUGGAGCCUUGCAACGGCCGUUCCGAGAAACCCUGCGCAGUAUGAAUCUGAACCGUAAUGUGCGAUAUAUGGCCACGCUCGAUCGUCGCCAGCCAUCGCUGCAGGCGCUUCAAUCUGCCGUGGGACACCUUUACUCCCAGGGAUACCCCAUGUCAUUUCACGAGAUCAACCAAUAUCGCGAAGGCUUUCCGCGCCACACAAAACAGCUGGUAAAUCUUCCAUCCUACCCGUUCAACCAUUCUCGACGGUACUGGUUCGAGACGCGCGAGACUCAGAACGUCAGACUUCGUUCUCAUGGACGUCACGAGUUAUUGGGGGCCCCAUCGCCGGAGUCACAUCCCGGGGAGGCACAUUGGCGUACCUUUUUUGACCCCGUUCAAACGCCGUGGCUCCUCGAUCACGCAGUCAACGGCAAGCCUAUUUACCCGGCGACGGGCAUGGUGGUCAUGGCCAUCGAGGGAGCGGAGCAGUUGGUUGAUGCGUCUUUUCCACGGUCUGGAUAUUUCGUUCACGACGCUACAUUCACGCAUCCGAUCGUGAUUAAUCCCUCUAGUCGCGUCCAGGCUGAUCUUCAUAUGCGGGCAAUCCGGUCGGCAGAGAAGACUUCCCAGUCCUUCGAGUUCCGUAUCUACACCGAUGUCAACAGCCAGUGGCAGGAGACCUGCCGGGGUUAUAUCUCGGUUCAGCUCGCAGGUGACGAAGAUGUUCUCCUGCGGCAAGAGAAGGCACAAUCCAUGUAUCAUCAGGGGCGCUGGGAGGAAAUAUCCCGUCAAUGUUCCAGUCCGGUCUCAACUCAGGGGAUGUAUGAAGCCCUCGAGAUGAACGGGUUGCACUACGGUCCGGCUUUCCAGGUCAUGGAUACCAUAACCUGGGACGGAGAUGAAUGUGCGGCAGCCGAGAUCCACACUUUUCCCUGGACCGCGAAGCAGUCGCAACAUGGUUGGCAAAAGCAUGUCGUGCACCCUGCCACUCUCGAUGGCCUCGGCCAGCUGGGUGUCGUGCCUCUGACCGAUGGAGGCUCAAAGCUGCUCACGACGGGGUUGGUAACCACACGGGUCCAGCAGGCCUGGAUCGCUGCGUCUGGAGCAUCGAGUCCCGCUACCCCAUUUCUUCGGGCAUUUGUGCGCUCGCAUACCACCGGAAUGCGAGGUACUGAAACCGAGGUCACGGCCCUAGACGAGUCUGGCCAGGUCAAGAUCUGGAUCUCUAGUAUGGAGACCACCUCCAUGACGACAAACAAUGCAAAGGAGCUGGAAGCCCAGGCGCGUUCACUGUGUGGCACGAUUGAAUGGACUCCGAUGUUGAAUUCCAUGACCUCUAGCCAGCUGAAAACCUGGUGUGACCUGCCUCUCGCCGAUAAUCCACAGGAGCUCUUUGACCUCCUAGAGGUUGUUCAGCUGUCAUCCGCCCGCCGUGCUAUUGAGCAGCUCAAAGGCCGAUCGACAUCUCACCUGCCGGGUCAUUUGCAAAAGUACGUCAAUUGGCUGCAGUGGCAGACGCGGAGAUAUGAUGAAGGUACGGCAUCAAUUGCCGUGGAUCAUCCUCUCCUUCACUCGUUUGAUCCAGCUAUUGCCGAAGAACUGUACGAGAGGGUAAAGCCCUUGAGCGCGGAAGCCGUCCUCAGCGUAGUGGUUGCUCAGAACAUGAGUGGUAUACUAGCGGGCACUGUGGACCCUCUAGAUCUGCUUUACCAGGGCGACCGCGCUGCACACCAUUAUCAGGCAAUUGCUGAUCGUAUGCUUCAGCCGGGACAUCUGCGUCGCUAUUUGAAAGCCCUGGCCCUUGAGAAUCCCGCGAUGAAAGUUCUAGAAGUCGGGGCCGGCACGGGUUCUUUCACCAGUCAUGUACUGGAUGCAUUGGCUGGCGACGCUGGGAAUCCUUGGUUCGCACGCUACGACUAUACUGAUAUCUCGGAGGGGUUCUUCGAAAAGGCACGCGAGCGAUUCGCAGUCAAUGGUAGCAAAAUGGGUUUCAAGGCGCUGAAUGUCGAAAGGUCUCCGGAGGCCCAGGGGUUCGAGAAGGGCAGUUAUGAUUUGAUCGUUGGUGCUUGGGUUCUCCAUGCAGCGGCAGACCUUAAUGCCGCAACUAGAACUGUUCGCGAGCUGCUGAAGCCGGGAGGAAAGCUAGUGAUGAUCGAAAUCACUCAGCCCGAGAUCCUGCGUACUGGAUUCGUUACCGGAACUCUGCCUGGGUGGUGGAUGGGGCAAGAAGAGUACCGUGAACACGGCGCCUGCGUGAGAACGGAGAAGUGGCAAGAGAUUCUGCAGGCAAACGGAUUCGACGGGGUCGAUCUUGCAAUUCCGGAAUGCGAAGUUGAGAAAUACGCGGAACACAGCCUGCUGGUAGCCACGGCAUCCAGGACGCUGUCCCAGUCAAAGCCUCGGCCUGUUGUGUGUGUCAUUGACUCGACCUCAACGAUACAGUCCAAGCUGGUACAUGACCUGCAACAACAGACUGCUGAUGCGGCUGAGUGGACGGUAGUGCCUACGGAGGAAGUGGCUAGCAUCUCACUGGCUCAAAACCCCGUGGUUGUCUUUCUUCCAGAGGUGGAGAGCCCAGUUAUAGCUUCCCUCUCAGAGACGCUUUAUGAUCGAUUGCACCACUUCUUCUGCCGCGCCCAAGACGUGAUAUGGGUCAUGGCCUCGAAUCCCACGUCUUCCACAGCACCGCGGGUGCAUGCUAUUCAGGGACUAGCGCGCGUGCUCUGCACUGAGAACGAGAGGCUUUCUUUCGCAACGCUAGAUCUAGAAGAUCAUCUAGACAACCCGAGUAAGUGGGUGGACCACAUUCAUCGCAUUCUUUCGCAACGACAAGGACAGCUUAGCAAAGACCCUGAGCUUGAUUACCGCGAGCAGAAUGGUGUGCUGCAUGUCGGGCGUCUUAUAGAAGAUAUACCGCGCAAUAAUACCUUGCUGGAGCAGACACAGGUUCCGGUGAAGUGGCAGCCCUUCCGGCACCAAAUACCCUUGUCACUUUAUCUUUCCAACCCGGGAUCGCUCGAUGCCAGUUCCAUGGUCUUUGUCGAGGACCUAGAGUACUCUGGGGAGCUUGGCCCCACUGAGAUGGAGAUAGAAGUGAAAGCAGUGGGUGUGAACUUUAGAGAUGUACUCACAGCGCUGGGCAGACUGCGCAGCGGAGACAAUCUAGGCUGUGAGUUCGCCGGCAUCGUGACUCGUGUUGGCAAGAAUUGUGUCGGCUUUCAGCCUGGAGAUCCAGUCUGCGCAGUGGUUCUUCGAUGCGUGCGCACAUAUGCUCGGUGUGAUUAUCGUCAAUGCUGUCGCAUCCCUACGGGCGUAACGAUGGCUAUGGCGGCUUCAGUACCUACCAUCGGGGUCACAGCCUAUCACUCUCUCAUUAUCUUGGCACGUCUGCAGCCUGGCGAGUCGGUUCUUAUUCACUCAGCUGCAGGAGGCACCGGACAGUUGGCCAUCCAAGUGGCCCAGAGUGUGGGAGCCAAGAUCUUUGUGACUGUCGGGUCGCAGGAGAAAUCGCGUUUCUUACAGGAUCGAUACGGCAUCCCUGAGGACCAUAUCAUGUAUAGUCGCGACACGACGUUCGCCCGACAUAUAAGACGCAUGACGGAUUGUCAGGGCGUGGAUGUCGUUCUCAACUCACUCUCAGGUGAUGCCCUCGUCGCAUCAUGGGAGUGCAUUGCUCCCUACGGGCGGUUUGUUGAACUAGGCAAUGCCGACGUUGCCAACAACUCAAAACUGCCCAUGAGGCACUUCGCACAGAACGUGUCUUUCUUCCUUGUCGCAGUGGACCUUAUCUCACGGGAGCGUCCAGCACUCAUCGGUCAGUCCCUGCAGCCGAUCAUGGACAUGAUGGGAGCCGGCACGUUGCAUCCACCAUGGCCGUUGCAGGAAUUCUCUCUUUCAUCCAUGGAGGAGGCCCUCCGUCUGAUGCAGAACGGAAAGCACACAGGCAAGCUGGUGAUCAAUUUCAAUCCGAAUGAUAUCGUCCCGAUAUCCCUACGGCAUACACCGCCCUAUGCCUUUCCUUCAGACGCAACAUACGUCAUUGCAGGAGGGUUGGGCGGAUUGGGACGUAGUGCUGCCUGCUGGAUGGCGAGCAUGGGAGCCAAGAAUCUCCUUUUGCUUUCUCGAUCAGGGCCCAAAUCAGAUGCCGCUCGUCAGCUGAUCGACGAUCUGACCUCACAGGGAGUGUGUGUUCGCGCACCCAAAUGUGACGUUGCGGAUACCGAUGCGAUGAAAGCGGCACUGAGUGAUUGUGCCGACCUCCCUCCAAUCCGAGGCUGUCUGCAGGCCACGAUGGUUCUACAGGACGCUAUCUUUGAAAAUCUCACUUACGCACAAUGGACCACAGCCAUCUGCUCCAAGGUCCAAAGCACCGAGAACUUACAUGCCCUUCUCCCAUCCGACCUGGAAUUCUUCGUCAUGCUCUCCUCCCUGGCAGGGAUUGUCGGCUCCGUCUCGCAAGCCGCCUACGCAGCCGGAAACACAUUCCAAGAUGCCUUUGCGACUUAUCGACGUAGCCUCGGCCAGGCUGCGACUUCGCUUGACCUGGGCCGCAUGGGUGAGGUAGGCAUCAUUGCCGAGAACACGAAUUAUGCACGACACAAACAGGAUGUGCCCGUGAUGGAAGAUAUUUCGGAGCGAGAAUUCCAUGCGAUUUUGGAACAGGUCUGUCGAUCCCCUCUAGACCAAGCUUCUGAUUCGACUUCGAGCCAGAUAUUGGUGGGUCUGGCGACACCGGCUCAGAUGCGCGCUGGAGGUAUUGAUCCCCCGGCUUGGAUGCUAGAGCGCGCACUAUUCAGUGUCCUUCCGCAGGAGGCUACUGCGGUAGAGGUUGAACUGGAUCCAAGCGCUACUACCUCCACUGCAGCGUCACAUUGGCAAGCAGCUCUAGCCAAAGCUGGUCCUGGGGCCGCCGUAUCGGUUGUAGUCGACGGGUUGACGCAAAAGCUAGCGCAUGCGUUGGACCAAACAGCUGCUGAAAUCGAUCCGCAGAGAUCCCUGGCAGUACAAGGUGUGGAUUCCUUGCUAGCUGUUGAGAUACGGCAGUGGAUUACCAGGGCGUGGAAGGCAGAGGUCUCAGCACUGGAUAUUACCAGUACACCCAGUUUGGAAGAGUUGGCGGUGCUGGUUGUCGGUCGAAGUGAGAUGCUCAAGGGACAGUCGGGAUAA